CCACUGCUCUCCGGUUCGUGCUUUUCACCUUCCUCCUCCGCACCCUGGAGCCGGAGCGGUAGGCCGGCUCGGAAACCCCGUGUGCUGACGCCGUUCCUCUCUUACCCCGAGGCUGUUGGCCCGGCAAAGGGUCCAUUGGAUCGGUGAAGCCUGGUUUUCGCCGUCGUCGGCGACGGCACCAGGUCGGGACCCAGAAUGUAGGUGCCUGGAGAUUGCCAUGAGCUCGGAAGCCAUGAGGAUCCCCAACAAAGGACGUUUCCAGGGUGGAAUUCAAGUAAAAAAUGAAAAGAAUAAAUCAUCUUUGAAAACUGAUAACAGACCAGAAAAAUCCAAAUAUAAGCCACUUUGGGGAAAAAUAUUUUACCUUGACUUACCUUCUAUCACCAUAUCUGAAAAACUACAAAAAGACAUAAAGGAUCUGGGAGGGCGAGUGGAAGAAUUUCUCAGCAAAGAUAUCAGCUAUCUUAUUUCAAAUAAAAAGGAAGCUAAAUUUGCACAAACACUGUGUCGAAUUUCUCCUGUUCCAAGUCCAGAAUCUGCAUAUACUGCAGAAGCUACCUCACCUCAUCCCAGCCAUGAUGGAAGUUCGUUUAAGUCUCCAGAAACAGUAUGUUUAAGCCGAGGAAGAUUAUUAGUUGAAAAAGCUAUCAAGGAUCAUGAUCUCAUUCCUGCAAAUAGUAUAUUGUCAAAUGCCUUAUCAUGGGGAGUAAAAAUUCUUCAUAUUGAUGACAUUAAAUACUACAUUGAACAAAAGAAAAAAGAGUUGUAUGUAUUGAAGAAGUCAAAUACUUCUGUAAGAGAUGUGGGCAAAAAACUUGGUGUUGGAACACAAAAAGUAAGAACAGGAAGAAUCAAAAAGCCUUUUGUAAAGGUUGAAGAUAUGAGCCAAUUUUAUAGGCCAUUUUACCUUCAGCUGGCCAAUAUGCCUUUUAUAAACUAUUCUACCCAGAAGCCCUGCAGUCCAUUUGAUGUAGAUAAACCAUCCAGCAUCCAAAAGCAAACUCAGACCAAACUAAGAAUUCAUACAGAUGGUGAUAAGUGUGGUGGAGGUCCUAUUCAUAUCCAGUUAAAAGAAAAGAAAAAGAAAGGAUAUUGUGAAUGUUGCUUACAGAAAUAUGAAGAUCUGGACACGCACCUUCUUAGUGAACAGCACCGAAAUUUUGCACAGAGUAACCAGUAUCAGAUCGUUGAUGAUAUUAUAUCUAAGUUAGUUUUUGAUUUCAUAGAAUAUGAAAGAGACACACCUAAAAAGAAAAGAAUAAAAUAUAGUAUUGGACCCCUUUCUUCUCUUUCCGGAAAAAGUGUUCUGAAAAAGAAUGAAUCCAAAGAAGUGCUAGAUUUGCAUCCUAUUUCCCAGGCAGGCAUCAGGGAAAACAGUGGACAGGUGAUCAGACAGAAUAUCCUCUAUGAAGAAACCAAAGAGCCUGAACAGACACACGUGUUUCUUUCAGAACCUACCUACCCUUCAACGGGAUUGAGAGGACUUGAUGAGAAGACAAUUAGUGAAGGCUCAAUGUUAAAUGCAGCUGAACACAACAUAAAGCAGAAUUUUACACAGCUACCUCCACAUACCAAUAAACAGGAAUGUAGUCUUGAUAUUUCUGAACAUAAAUUAGUUAUAAAUGAAAAUGGAUUAGAAGAACUAAAGGUAGAUGACUGUCAGAGUAUGCUGCAGACAUAUGUAAAAGUUUCUUACUUCAAUAUAGAUAAUAAUACAACACAACCAAAAUUCAAGUUGAAUCCUGUACAGUUCUCGGCAAAAGAUGUGAUGGAACAGGACCUUCAUUCAAUAUUUGGUCAUGAUUCUGACGUGAUGACAAUAAAAACCUCAAAGGAACACCUAACCACAGAGGCAAAUACUGCAUCUUGUAGUUCUCAGGAUCCCAAUGAAUGUGACAAGAACAUGGACAAAUUGCCUUCUGGUGAAAUCCAUAGGAAAGUGAAAGUAUUAUUAGGACAAAAUAAAACAAAUGUAGAACCAAAUGUUGAAUUAGAUAAGAAAAUAACUGAAUUUCUUACUGUGCAAGAAGACAGCACUUGUAGUUCACCAAUACAGUCUCUACUGGACUUAUUUCAGACUAGUGGAGAUAAAUCUGAAUUUUUGGGUUUCACAAGCUAUACUGAAAACAGUGGUGUAUGUGAUGUUUUAGAUAUCUGGGAAGAAGAAAGUUCAAAUGAUCUGUUGUCCACAUUUUUCUCUUCCCCCUCAACUUCUACAUUUGUUGGCUUUUAAUCUCCUUUUCAAAAAUGAUAAGUAUCAUAUUCUUAAAAUUGUUGUAAAAUGUUUUGUGAUUUUUCCCAAUAUUGUUUACAGAAGCAUAUGUAAGUAUUAAUAAACGUGACUGCAGUUUUCUAUAGGACUGAAUAGCUGUUACAAAUUAUAGAAUAAACUUGUGACUCAUAAUGGU